UGUUCCAGCCCGGCCGUCGGGAGCGCGCUUGCAGGGGAGAGCCUUGCGGCGAGCGCCGGGCGCGGAGGUCGCGCGCGGGCGAGCCGGGCAGAGCAGGGCCGGCUCCCCAUUGGCUGCGGCGGCGCCGGGCGUUCCAUCCGGGCGGGGCGGCUGGCGCUGCCUCCCCGGCCGGCCCCGCAGCGCUGCAGGCGGAGGGAGCAUGUCUGCAGGCCGGGCCAAGAAAGUGAAGAUGGCCACCAAGUCCUGCCCGGAGUGCGACCAGCAGGUUCCUGUUGCAUGCAAAUCCUGUCCGUGUGGUUAUAUAUUUAUUAGUCGCAAGCUCUUACAUGCAAAACGUUUGGAGAGGCUGCCGCCCUCUGCAGAUAGCAGAGGUGAAGCGAAAAGACGGCGGACAGAAAGAGUUAAACGAGAGAGGAUAAAUUCUGUAAUCAACAAAGACCUGGAAAACAGGAGGCGGUCCAGAUCCAACAGCUGUUCCGAUCACAGUCGGAGAGGAAGAGGGCGGCCGAAGACCACCACGACCAAAAAGCACGAAGAAGAAAGAGAAAAACAAGAGAAAGAAGUUGACAUGUAUGCAAACCUCUCGGAUGAAAAGGCUUUUGUGUUUUCAGUAGCCUUGGCAGAAAUAAACAGAAAAAUCAUCAACCAAAGACUGAUUCUUUGAUUAUCUCGAUGGCCCGAAUGCAUCCCGUGGCAUUUAAGCCAAAUAAUGGAUUUUGGACUCUCUAGCAGCACGUCCUCUCAUCUCCAUCAGUUGGAGAGGGGGGAGUCAUGCCCGUUUCCUGGCUGAAAUUCUACUACAGAUGCUGGUUUUAGGAGCCUACAGACUGUUGUUGUCCAGCUAACUCCUAAGAAGCAAAGCGUUCAACACUUUGCCUAGCGGUGGCGGAAAACAAGGCAAAAUCCUUUAAAUUCUACAAAGACAGCUUCUUCCAGAAUGUGCACAGUUAAAAACUGUUGUGUUUGUUCUGAAUUUGCUGCCUCAAAAUGCAAUAUUUUAAUUAACUUAAAUUUUCUUUACAACAUAGAUUCUCAACUAUAUUGAAGCUUACAUGUGUAUAGUUCUAACCUUUUAAUAAAUCAGUAUUUUAUGGACC